AUGCCCGCCAUCCGCAGCACAGGCCGCAACCGCAAACCCCCACCGGCCGGCUUCGAAGACAUCGAAGACACGCUCCUCGAAUUCUCCAACAAGAUGAAAGACGCGCAAUCCGCACCGCACGAGGGCAAAAAGAAACACGAAACCCUCUGGCCCAUCAUGCAGAUCUCGCAUCAACCGCUGUACGAGUACCUGUUGAAGAACAACUACGCCGACGCCGCGCUGAUCGCGAAGUGGAAGAAGCAGGGCUACGAGAAGCUGUGCUGUGUCAAGUGCAUCCAGACCAAGGAGACCAAUUUCAGCAGCACGUGUAUCUGUCGCGUGCCCAAGGCGACGUUGGAGAGGGCGGAGGGCGAGGCUGGUGCUGGUGCUGGUGCUGAUGGAGAGGAUGCGACAGCUACAGGAGGUGCAGGAGGAGGAGGAGAAACUAAAAACGAGCAGAAGCUCUUCGAAGACGCCAAGAACAAAGGAAACCAUGAAGAACGAGUGUGA